GUAACAACAACGAGCGUGCCCCUGUGGCGCGCCAGGUUGAUUGUCCUGAGAGGCCCGGGCCAGUUAAAACCAGCCGGCUGACGCCCAUUGAGUUAACCCCUGUCCAAGUCUUUGCUUAGUUUCGGGGCUUAUACAUCAGGCCAAGACCCCAAAAAGGUGACACCGCAAUCUCGGGCGAGGACGACACCAUGAGAGUGUGAUUGACCACACCAAUUACUAGCAAGUACCUCUCGGUACCAACUUAUCCCAAGCAGGCUGGACCCAGUGGUGGACGGAAAUGACAUGACGGACCCCAAGGGAGAAGAAUAAAAAGCAGUUUCUUUCCACAACACACACCAUCAUCACCGCCCACCCCUUAACCCGAAAAGACUGCACCAACACCAACAAUGCAUCUCCGAACCUUCACCACCCUCACGGCGGUAACCACUACCGUAUCCGCGCUUGCUGCUCCUGCCCCCCUCGUUCACCACGCCGUCGCAGCGGUCGGACCUGAGGUCACCCAGCCCCCUUCUAUCCAGGCUCGCCAGAAUCACGGUACCUUCCGCGCCGAACCGCGUCCCAAAUAUGUCGACGCCAAAAAGCUUAAGAAGCGUGAUGACGACCAGGUUCCCUCGGUCGACGACAUCGACGUCGAAUCCGACCAUGAAGACGACGACUUCCCCACCGAACUCUCUCCCACCCUCAAGCCUCUCUACACCUCCUGCGCCUUAGCCUUCAACUCCCUCAUGACCUCCGCCCCCGAGCCGUCUGGCAAGCUCGAAGACUGGUUGGAGACGGCCAUCGUCGGAGACCCAGACAGCUGGACGGCCUCCUCCGCUAAUCACGGCUACGCGGCCGUCUGCGGGACAUACACCAGCCCCUUAACCCCGCCGGCGAGCUUGGCUUCGACCUACUCGGCCUACAGUUCCGCGAGCGCCAGUUAUCUGUCAGCUCAUCAAGCCGAAGUUACGAGCCUGGCGAACGCGUGCAAGCCGGUUUACGAGGAUGUAUUGUUCAGUCUUAUGAUGCCACAUAAGGACUAUGAGGAGUGCACGAGUGUCUAUGAUAAUUAUAUGAGCGUCUAUGUGAGCUUGGCCUGCGCGGCGAAUACCCAGGAUUGUUCCUUGACGAGCGCGUACCCGCCAAAGACGACCGGCACGGGGGCGGCGGCGACGACGACGACGACGACUCCUGCGGGGGCGGGAGUGACUGGUGCCAGUGGGAGUGGCAGCGCUGGUGCCUCGUCGACUACAGUUUCGGGGAAUGUGGGCGCUCCCAAGCAAACCUUUGCCGCGGCUGCGGCGUUGGCUGGGCUUGUCGCUGCUGUUGCGGCGCUCUAGGUCUAGGGAGGAGGGAGGGUCUGUGAUGUUGGGAAGAGGAAGUACACAAUUGAGAAGCUGCGCGCACCUAUUUGAGGAGAUCUUUCACGCCCCCUCAUAACAGCGACGGCUAGGGAAAAGAAUUAGGGCUAGCAAGACUUGGAAAAAUAU